AUGAGAAAUAUUAGCACGUUGUUGAGCUUAGCAACCGUAGUGGUUGCAUGUUCCAUAAUAUAUAACACAGAAAAGGUUUCAGGUCAAUGUGGAGGGAGUGUUCCAGCACUUAUAUCAGAAUGUGGACAAUAUGUGCAGAAAUCAGGGCCAAAGGUUCCACCAUCAGCAGAGUGUUGUUCUGAGUUGUUAAAGCUUGAUGUUCCAUGUGCAUGUAAUUUUGUUACCAAAGAUGUUGUCAACCUUAUUAGUGUUCCUAAGGCUCUCUUUGUUGCACACUAUUGUGGAAUGAAAUUAACACCUGGAAUGCAAUGUGGAGCCAUUAAGAUACCACCGAACUACUAAAAGGUCAUGAAGAUAUGAAGAGCCUAUCACUUAGCUUGAACUGCCAUGUGGAUAAUAAACAAUAAAGUAUCUUCUGGUUGUAAAUUGGCAAUAAUAAUGAUC